UUGUGCUUCCGCGUAUAUGCAUAUGUGGAUGCAAGUGUAUCAUAGGGCUUAAAAAAAAAUUUCGAGCAACGUAAUAUACUUUUGACGAUCAGUUUUCCAUGUGAACAAAAGUUGACAGUCACCAAGUUUUAUUGCAAGUAACACGUGCUAGAAAAUCUCGUCUUAAAUCCUGAACUAACAAAUUAUUUAUUGUACAUUCCGGUUUCGUACGAAUUUGAUAAGAAUUUUCCCGGUUUACAAUUGCCAGGAUUAGUCAGUUUAAAAGGCGUCUGAACAUCCAUGAUUUUAUCAGUUUGAUCAUAACUUACAAUAGAUUCUUUCGAGGUCUAACUCUUAUCAACAAUGAGCUACUAAUUUUUUUUGGGCAACUGUCGCAUUUCGUUUAUUAACAAACUCUAAAUUUUACCUAUAAAUAUUGUCAAAUUCCAAUUUCAAAAAUGAACAAUUUUGGCCUCUACUUAAUUGUUUCGUUAUGUUUAAAAAGUUUUAUUCAUUGUGCUGUUGUAAAGGACAAUUUUAGAAGAUUCCCCCCCGCGACUGAAGAAAAACUGCUUCAACAAGAUCGAGAUUACUGGUGGCAAUAUGGUACGGAACAAUUGCAACGUGUUUUAGAAGAAAACGAAAGGCAAAGGCGCAACGUUGCCAAAAAUGUCAUCAUAUUUAUUGGAGAUGGAAUGGGAAUAUCGACUAUAACUGCUGCAAGGAUUUACAAAGGGCAAAGGGAAUAUGGGAAAAUGGGGGAAGAGCAUUGUUUAAAUUUUGAAAAUUUUCCAAACGUUGGUCUCGUAAAGACGUACACGGUGGACAAACAAGUGCCUGAUUCUGCUGCAACGGCAACGUCCAUAUUUUCAGGUAUCAAAACACGAUAUAAAAUGUUAGGCCUCGAUCAAACAAACUACGGCGAUAUUUUUAAUCCUAUCACUUAUGAAGAGGGAAAAUUGGAAGGAAUUAUGAAAUGGGCUCAAGAUGCUGGAAAGGACACAGGUAUUGUGACAACUACCAGAAUAACCCAUGCAACGCCUGCUGCCACUUACGCGAAUAUUAACCAUCGAGACUGGGAAUGUGACUCAAAAGUUCCUCCGGAAUAUCGCUCUCAAGUAAAAGAUAUACCCCGGCAAUUAGUCGAAGACGCUCCCGGAAAGAACUUCAGGGUAAUAUUAGGAGGUGGAUUACAAAUGAUGGGAUACGUGUACGACGCACAGCUGAAUGAAUGUCAACGAACGGAUAAUCUUAAUCUGACCAAAAUGUGGGAAGACGCUCACAGCACUUCAAACGCAAAAUUUGUAACCGAUAACCAAGGUUUGGCGUCUGUAGACGAAAAUACCGAAUAUUUGCUGGGCCUAUUUCACGCAAACCAUUUGCCAUUUGAGUUACAAAGAGAUGCGGGUCCAACAGGAACGCCAUCCCUUACAGACUUAACCGCAAAAGCCCUUCAACUAUUAAGAAACAGCCAAAAUGGAUAUGUUUUAUUAAUCGAAGGAGGAUUAAUAGAUAUAGCUCACCAUAAAAACACAGCCAGAAUGGCACUAUCAGAAGCCGCAGAAUUCGACAGAGCAAUCGAAUAUGCUUUAAACGAGACAAAUCCAGAUGAAACGUUAAUUUUAGUAACAGCCGACCAUUCGCAUGGAUUUACCAUUAGUGGUUAUCCAAAGAGAGGAAAUGACAUUUUAGGUCUUGGAAACGAAACAGCCAAGGAAAACACAUAUUACACUGCUGCGUAUGUAAAUGGACCAGGAUUUAAUUACCACUUUGUCCCUAAUAAGUCUCACCCCUGGAUAGAUGUCUCCGACGACGAAAAUUUGUACUCGAACCCUUUUUACGUACAUAGGGGUGCGGCAUACCUUAAAGACGAGACUCAUGGGGGUGAAGAUGUAGCAGUUUUUGCCACAGGUCCUGGAUCUCAAUUAAUCAGGGGUGUUUUUGAACAAAAUUAUUUGGCUCACGUGGUAAGCCACGCGGCCUGCAUUGGACCCCAUGCGACCCUUAACGAAUAUUGUAAUGACAUUACCGAAAGUUACUACAAGUCGAAUGGUGUACCGAGGACAAUGAGCUUUCACGUACUUUGUAUAUCAGUUGUCGUUAAAUUUAUGAUUUUGUUUAACAAUUUUUAAGUACGUAAUUUUAUUUAUUAUUUUUUGUGCUAUUCAUUUUCGUAAUUAUUUCAACUGUUGCCAAAUAAAAAUUGUACAAAACUAGUCUUCCUCGGAUUUUUGGAAAUAAUAAAUUGUUUAUCGAAAUGUUAAAAUCGUUGUGGCAUUUUCCAAAAGAAAUAAAGUAAUUGAAAUUUUA